AUGAGCUACUACAGUGCCAGCCCCACCAUCCUGCAGCACCCCUGUGAAGGGUUUGGCUCUAAAGGGCAGCCAAAGGUAUCCGCGUACCUAGGGAAGGAUGUUUUCAUCAGCAUGGAUGCUUCUGAGAGCAGCCUCUCCCCACUCCCCAUCCCAGAAGAACUUAAGGCCAAAGAAGCUGUUGUCAGCACCAUCACCUUUGCUGACUUCUAUGAUGGCAUACAUGAUGGAGAGAUGUCUACUGCCACUGUGGACAUCCCUGACAAUGUCAUUGGCUGUAUUGAUGUGACUCCCGUGACUGCGCAUAUUGCAGUGUCCUGCCCACCUACAAAGCAUAUCAGAAUUUUUAAAAAUGUAGCAGCAUGCAGAAAAGGCUUCAUUCAGGAAAGGGCGCUGAGAAAUAAAUUCAGUUAUACAAUCAGCCAUAACAUACAUGACCCACAGUUUCUCGCUGGAGAAAAUACACAGCAGGACACUCUAUGGAUCAAAGCUAACUUUACAAAUCUGGGAUGUCCUCUCCGUACUCUCCUGAUAUAUUGCAAAAAUCCUCAGGUGCCAGUUCUUGAGUUAUGGGAAGAUAAUAAAUAUCAGAAGCAUGUCUCUGCUGACUUUAUGUUUGAAAUACAUGGAAUGCGUAACUGUGAUUAUCUUUUGACUGCAUAUGAUGCCAAGUGCUUCUCUCUACCUCAGAAUUGGACUUCUUUGCUGAAAGAACAGGAGUUGCCAGAUCCACAUACUGCAUGGACCAAAAGUAACUAUAUGAGCUGUAAGAAUAGGAGUGAAUCUGAGUUAAAGUGGCCUUCCAUCAAGCAUCCGAUUCUUCAUAAAGAUGAAAAUAAGAUCAUUUUCCCUUCAUAUAACGGUCUAUACAUCUUUAAAGCCAGUGUAGUGGAUACAUUUUACAGUUAUUGCGAUUUACCUGUAACCUUCUCAGUAUAUAUGCAUGGUGCUUUUCCCAUGAGCUAUCUAAGCUUUUGGACAGCACUGUCAGGCAUUCUGAAUUUAUUUUUGAUUUUGACAAGAUAUUCCCUACCUUAUUUAUCGCUAAAAACUGAAUGCCAAAAAAAAUGCCAAGAGCCAAAGUGUUUUGACUGCAAUUUUUGA